AAAGGACUAACAUUAAUUGAUUUUUAAGAAACUGCAAUAAUAAAGUUAUAAUGUAUAUUAAAAUAUGUAUUUUGUAAUUUAAAUACGAAAUGUAUAGUACUGUAAAAUAUUUUGCCCACGUGUGAUUAUACAAUUUAUAAAUGUAAUACAUAAUAUAGUGUAUGUGUUCCAUGCAUAAGUUUACUUUAUAAGUAUAUAAAUAUACAACUCAGACUUUCGAGUACCGACCAACCACCUUCACAGGACCUCUAGGGACGACUAAAUACACGUUCAUAUGUAUAUAUAAUAUAUUAUGGCGGUGGCGUCGACGGCGUUAUAGUUGACCGAAUCAAUACUAGGUGUCGCUCCGGAGCAUUCGACUUUUAAUCAAUGAAAGCGAACGGGGCGACCCACAAAAAGUAAAAAAAAAACAAAACAAAACAAAACUGAAACAAGGCGAAAAAAACAGAAUGUUCUCUCGGAAAAAAGUAUGUUCACAUAAUACAUAUCCAUUCGUAUACUGUCGCGUCAAUAAUUGUACUGUAAUACUACCAUUGUUAUAGUCGUCGUCGCGAAAAACGAAUACCUAAUUUAUACGUGAUAGUUACAAUUAUUUAUAAAUGUCUAAUUUAUCCGAAUCUAUGUGUUUAUAUCUGUUUACUUUUUGUCGUUUUCACACGCGUUUUUUAAAUAGAAAAUUUUGCAUGUAGACAUAUCUACAAGGCACAAGGUGAGUAUUUGAUCGGUAUGAUAAUACUUACUGCUAUGAAAUAAUAAUAAUAAUAAUUUGACGUCAUAUCGAGCGCCGCUUUUGUAUGCAGUUCAAAAUCGCGUUGUCACGUCGACAUCGUUCAUUUAAACAUUGUAAUAUAUAUUAUAUUGUACGAUCGAACGACUCGCGCGAAAUCAUCCCGUGUGUUUUAUCGUGAUUUUCACCGGCAACCGUACCGCGUGUGAAAACGUUUAAUAGCGGCGGCGGCGGCUGCGGCGGCGGCUACAACGACGACGACGACGACAACGACGCGACAGGCGAGAUCAGAACUCGGCGGCGUCACUCUUUCGCCGACUACACCCUGACAGACUGGCACCGUGUAUCAUGUCCUCCUUUUGCAACUACGUGAAUCAUUCUGUUUGGUAUUUUGGCGUACCAAUUAAUAUUGACAAGUGUUUUGUGUAAUGGAAAAAUGAUGCUUGGAGGAUGGGGUCGAAGUCCUGGGAGCAGUGGAUCCGUUCCGCCGUCAGGACAACGUACCGGUCACCGACUAUUGCCAUUGCCGUUCAACAGAACAGGAGGCGGCAGUGGAAGCGGCGGAAGCGGUGGCAGAGCAGCCGAAGCUGAAGAUGUCAUGGGACAUUAUGGACGAAAUAAAGGCGGUGUAAAUAAAAUACGAACUGGCCUGUAUUAUUCUCCACCAGGUACAUCUUAUACCAUACUCGAAAAGCCCCCAGCCGCUUCACCACCACCACCGCCUCCUAGAGCAACAUAUCUAAGGGAGUCGUCAGCUGGCGUAUCCGGACCAAAUCACCCAGGCACUGGUAGCAAUAGUAAUCGUUCUAAUAAUGCCAGUUCACGUGGAAGUUCUGGGAAAAAGAGGCCUAUUUCUCCGGAACAAGUUCUUAAAAUGUUUGCAGCACCAAAUUACAAUGCAUCUUCUUCGUAUCAUGUGUCUAGCGCUAAACCACAAUCACCUCCACCUCAUGGUUCAAACACAUCGCAAUCGCACAACAACACAUCAUCCACAAUACAUAAUGAUAAUCUUACAGUACGUACGAUAUCGAUGUCAAGGCCAAAUGCAACAUCAGGAAGCCCAUCCAAUCAAGGAUUUGGUAUUUGUGUUAAAGGUGGUGCUGACGAAUCAAAUGUUGGGGUGUAUAUAUCACGGGUAGAAGAAGGAAGUAUAGCCGAAAGUGUUGGUCUUAAGCCUGGAGAUUCAAUUUUAGAAGUAAAUGGCAGGCCAUUUUCAACUAUAUCACACGAAGAGGCAUUAAAAAUUUUUAAAACAUAUCGUCAAAUUACAAUGACUGUAAAAUGUCCAUCGCCACCUCAAUCAAUACCCACCAUGCACAAAAAGGACGACGAUGAGAACACUAAUCAAGACGAUGCGUGGGGAUUGACCAGGACGUAUUCAUGGAUUAAUCGUAAGGGUCAACCAGUCUCGCCUCCUUUAGAAUAUGCCAAACCCAUUUCUCCAUAUUCAAAAUGGUCCUAUACUCGUUCAUCCAAAGAUAAAAUAAGAAAAGUCGAAUUGGUGAUUGAGCCAGGACAAAGUCUUGGUUUGAUGAUUAGGGGCGGAACUGAGUAUAAUUUAGGUAUUUUUAUAACUGGUAUCGAUAAAGAGUCUGUUGCAGAUCGAUCUGGACUUAUGAUUGGUGAUCAAAUUUUGGAAGUAAAUGGUCAAUCUUUUUUGAAUUUAUCGCAUGACGAAGCAGUAAAUCAAUUAAAAUUUCAAAAGCAAAUGACACUUACCGUAAGAGACGUAGGUAAAGUUCCUCAUUCAUGCACAACAUACAAUCCAGAUACAAAUUGGAACCAUUCCAUAGACAAUGCAGACGGUGCUUUGAAGUUAGGGACAUCUGCUGCAUCUCAAAUGGUAGAGGAAAAAGCUCGAAUUUUGCUGACGAAAAAUGAAUUUAAUACUUUGCGGUAUUAUUUGGAUGAGUAUUCGUGUUCUCGAAUGUCUAUUGACGCAUUUAUAACUAUACUUUUCGAAUUGCUCAAUACAACUGAUAAGUUUACGCUGUUGACGGAAUUGCGUGAACUAAUAGGUCCCUCAGAUCGAGACCGUUUUGAUCAAUUGGUAUAUAGAAGAGGACGGGAAUCCAGAAAAACACACUCCCGAAAACUUGAUGGUUUUAAUACAAAUAUACCUGGAGGUCAAACUAAAGGAUUUGAUUUUCCUAAUGAAAAUUCUGGGAUGGAUAUUGGGACUACCGAGUACUCAAAUUCAAAUUAUAGGACUAGUAAUGAUAGAAAAUCUGAAGGAAAACAUUCUCCAAUGAAAACUGACGAACAAUCUCAUAGAGAUAUGGAAGUCGAAGAAUUUGAAUUUAGCCAUCAAGAUUACGGUGACUUGGAAACUGAGCUUUUACCAAGAAAAUAUCAUAACGAUUUGAUUGAUGUUGGUUAUACGCAUCGAAAUUCAGGCAUUUAUGAUGAAUCUAAUAUGACUAGGUCAUCGAGUGGAUACUUGGAGGGACUGCGAUCCCACUUAGGGGGAUGGACCCAAAAAUUGAAAUCCUGGUACUAUGGAAGUUCUCUACAAUUAUCAAACAAACACGGACGAUCAUAUGAUGGUAAAAAUGAACUACUGGAUGAGGAUGGAAGCUAUCGAAGAGAAAGUGGUUUUAUAGAAUCAUCGUGUUCCAAUAAUAUACAAAACGAAUCUCAGAUAAUGUUGGAUCAACGGAAUCUUCGAAUAAUUGUUAAAAAAAUCAAACCAUUGCUCGGAAUUGCAAUUGAAGGUGGAAUCAAUACAAAGCAUCUACUUCCUAGGAUAAUAAAUAUACAUGAAAAUGGGGCUGCAUACGAAGCUGGUGGUCUUGAAGUCGGCCAAUUGAUUUUAGAAGUCGACGGUCAAAAAGUAGAAGGAAUGCCUCAUCAAGAAGUAGCUAGGCUUAUCGCAGAAUCUUUUGCACAAACUGAUAAAUCCGAAAUCGAGUUUCUUGUAGUUGAAGCAAAGAAAUCAAAUUUGGAACCAAAACCUACCGCACUAAUAUUUUUGGAAAGUUAACCGGUUAAAAAAACAACUAUUGGUGAUAUAAAUUUCUGUUUAUUAAGUACAGCGAUGGACUCCAAUAACAUGACGACUAGGUAUUAAUAAACUAGUUGGAAACAUACAAACGUUUGUUUGAAUAAAUUUAUACGGUUAAUUUUAUUUAUCUAUUAAACAUUACAAGAUGGCAUGUUAUUGAUUCAAUUUAAAAAAAUAAAAUUUCAUGUUUAAGUAUUUUUACCGAAUCAUAUUAUUUUUAUUAAUUCUCAUUUUUAUUCUUUAAUAAUUCAUUUUCUAUCAAUUUCAUUACAAAUAUCUAAUUUUAUAUUACUCUUGUUCAAAUUUAUAUCCAGUAAAACGAUAAAAUUAUAAAUUAUAUUACAUCAUUUUAUUAUUAUUAUUAUUUAAUAAUACCAUACAAUUAUUUUUGAAUAACUGGCCUUAUAAAUUAUUAUAUUUUGUAGUUAUAUCAUAAGAUGUACUUACCUACAUAUUAUUAAAACGUACAAACAUUAUUCAUACAUAUAAUACAGCAUAGUACACGUCUCUUACAGACCAUACUACAGCAGUUAGAUGCAGUACACAAUAAAACAAUAUAGUAUAUUUUAGUUUAUUAUUUUAAGUACUUUCAGAAAAAACUGUGUGUAACGAGGAAUGAUAUAAUGCAUUGAUUUGUAUAAUUAUUUAAUCCGUCAUGCGAGGGAACUUAAUAUAAUAUAUACAAUAUAUACAUUAUGUAUUGAUAUGUAAAAUUAGUAAUCGAUAUAAGUAGCAGUUAAAAUAAUAGUAAUAAUAAUAAUAACUGUGGCCUUAACUUUGAUACUCUGAAAAGCCUACAAAACAUAUUUUUUUUAAAAACGUUAUUUACAUUAAAUUAUGAAAAGAUAGAACUUUUUGAAAUCAUGAGUGCAGACACUUGAAUCCUCCCCCGAACAGCAUUUUAUUUAAGAGAAAACACCGUCUCCUAUAUUCGGUUUCUGUAUACAAUAGAUACGCCGUAGUCAUAUAGUCAAAUCAGGCAUUUAACUAGGUAAAUGGCUAGGAAUAUAUUCAAAGAAUUUGAUUUUCAUGCAAUUUCACUAGGUAUCCAUCUAACCAUUUAGUUAAAUGCCUAUUUCAAGUAAGCCAAAUAAUAAAAAUAAAACAUUUUGUAUUAUUUUAAUAAUUAACUAUAUUUUUUAUUAAUUAUUUAUUGUUAUUUUAUUAAAAAAAAAAACUAUAUAUUAUUUAUUAAUAUGUAAAACACGUAAAUACCUUUAUGAAAUAUGUUUAAUUUCGUGUCCAUCGGUAGGUACUAUUGUUUUAAAACUUAAAACAUAAAUAUAUAUACAUAUAUAUAUAUAAAGGUAAUUACUAAUUAGGUGUUUAAUUUCAUAUACUUAUGUGUUUUACUUAUUAAUAAAUAAUUUAUUGUUUUUUUCUAAUAUGUAUAUACAUAAUAAUAAUAAUUAAUUAAUAGAAAAUAUAGUUAAAUUUUUAAAAUAAUACAUAAUGUUUCAUUUUUAUUAUUUGCCUGACUUGAAAUAAGCAUUUAGUUAAAUGCCUAGUAAUUUAAUUUAAUUUAAUUUAACUAAAUGUCUAGGUGAAUAGUGAAAUAGUAAAAUAAAAAUCAAAUUCUUUGGCUAUAUAUUUAGGCAUUUAGUAAGAUGCCUGAUUUAACUAUAUGCCUACGACAGAUAUAUCUACUAUAUAUAAGUCAUAGGUAUAUUUAUAAUAGGUAUGUGUACAUGCCCCUAAUAUUCUAAGUACUUCAACAACUAACCAUGGGUACCUAUGUUUAUAUAUAUUUUAUACUUCCUUUUUACGAUGUAAUGGCAAGACGGUAACGGUAUACUAUAAUAUCCCAACUAUGUGGCAAGUAAUUUUUUUCUACGAACAUAACCGUCGCCUAUAUUAUAUUAUUAUCCUUAAUAUUUUGAUAUUUUGCAUUAUUAAAUGGAACUCCAUUAUGUACGUUCAAAUUUCACUCAGAUUAUUAAUUUCAUCAUAUUUAAAAUUUAAUAACAUAUUAAACAUUUUAUUAAAUAGUUACAUAGAAUUAUAGAAACACUAUAAUAUUUUAUGUACGUGUCGUGUAGGUGUUUAUUGCGUUCACUCGCAUAUUUAAUUGUUUUUUUUAUCUUUCUCUCUCACUUUCAAUUUUUUUUUUUUUUUUAAUUGAAUUAGGCGACAUACAUGUAGUCGUGAUCAUACAUUAUUGUCAUUUUUAUCGAUUUCAAUAUUUUUUUGUAUACGUAUCGCACUAUCGCGUAUUAGAGUACUAAUAAUAAUAUUACAAUAGUCCGGUGCUGUGUUAUUGUGCCACCCGGGGGAAGAUUUUAUGGUGCCACUCUUUAUUAUUAUUCAUUCAUCUACAUGACAAAAUAAUUGAAUAAUACAAGUACAUUGUUGUAAAUUAAAUUUAUUUAUUUAUAAAGAGCAUAAUUAACUUGUGCAUAAUUAUUGACGAUGAAAUAGUAUUUAUGUUUAGGUACACAAUACUAUAAUAUAAUACCCGAGCUAUGUUUUGAAUAAAUAUUGUAAGAUGUGAAAAUAUUUUUUUUUCUGAACCUAGUGGAUUUCAUCAUUUUAAAAAACAUAAAAAGUAUUACUAAAAUAAAAAUUAAUUGAUCAUUUUUCUGCUCACAAAAUUUGCAACCUUGAUCCUUAGGAAACUUCCUCCCCUAUUUAACACGGCACCGUAGUUAACAUUCGUCAUAGUGAAAUUAAACUCAAGACUAAACUUCGAGUGUUAUCAUUUCGUUUUUUAAACAUUAUAAGGAUUAAGAGCACUGGGGAUUUGGCUAAUGUAUUACAGGCGUAUAAUUUUAUUAUAAACCUAUAAACUGCAGCAAUAGGUAUAAUAGCUAUACAUAUUAUAAUUGGCUUCGCCCGUUACAUUAUUUUAGCUCAAUCGGAAAAAAAAAUUGAUGAUAAUAAAUAAUAGGCAUACUUAGACCACAUAGCUAUAUAGUAUUAUUCAUUGUGGUAUGCCGUAAAACAUUAAUAACCGCGAUAUUAUAUUAUUAAUAUAUAUAUAUAUAUAUAGAACUCGACUCGAUAUUUUAUUUUAGAUACAUAACUAUUGUUUUUAUUUGUACAAAUUAAUUAAUAAAUAUUUGUUGUUUGUUGGACAUAUUAUAAUUUAAAAAUAUAUUAUAUCAUACACUUGUAUAUAAAUAUAUAUAUAUAUUUAUUUAUACAGUAUUAUACGGAGUGUCCAAUGAUAUUCUUGAUAUUUUCAAGUGACACAUUGUGUCUGAUAUAUCUAGGACCCCCUGUUAAAUACAUGUAUAUUGUAUACAUUAUACACGCGUACACACGUAUAUAUAAAAAUAUGCGUGUAUGUAUGUAUUAUAUGAUAGAUAUAUUAUAUAUUUAUAUAUUGAUUAAAUGUGUAUUUUAAUUUACGAUGACAAGUAAUACUUGAGCCUGUAUUUUUGGUACGUUGUAAAACACGCACUAUAUAUUAUUAUAUUGCAUGUUCAUUAUUUGUAGUCGUAAUUAAAUUGUUAUUAAAAAAUAUAUAUUAAUGAUAACUGAAAAA